AUGUCGAUCAAUGCCCAUCCCAGCCCUAAUUUAAAGCAUCAUGAUCACCCGCGUCUCCAGGUUACGUGGCCCUUGCAGCUGUCAAAAGCCACUGAAGAAGGUCAUGAUGGACAUGAAUAUAUCACUCCGAAGCAGAAUAGGAAAGGAGAUGCUCCGGGAAUGCAUGGCCGCGUCCUCGUUCCCUUGGCAGAUGCUUGGCUGGGCUGGGCUUGGCAUUGGUAA